CACGUGAGAGGAGAAACUACAACCCCCGGCAUGCACCGCGCGCGGCACAGCUUGAGUUUGGUAAGGAGAAGCAGCAGCAGCACAGCAAGGAACUGGCAGGAGCCCCGCCGACUGGAGCAGCCACAUUGGAGGGGGAGAGGUUUUGAAACUUAAACAUGUCAAACAAGCACAAGAAGAAUUCUGAGAAAAAAGACAACACUUCAGAUAAAAAGAAACAUGGAAAGGCAAAAAUUGGGAGUCAUCGCACUAAAGAUUAUCCAAGUCAAAGGUUGCAUGAUACUGCCAGGUGUACAAAAACAAAAAACAAUUCAGAUGUCAAAGAAGCUACUACUAAAGAUCUCCAGAAAAAUAUUUCAAAAGAAACACAGCCUGUUGUUGGUAUUUUAAUGUCUCUUGAGCAGCGUGAAAAGAUCACUAUGCAUUUUAAAAGCAAGGCAAAAUAUAGUGGACAGAGAAGUAAGAUACAUUCAGUGGCAGCCUCCCUUAGCAAGGAAGACUCUGACACAAAUGUUUGUGAUGUACCAAAAGAGAGGAAGGAGUCACAAGAUUUGAGGAUCUGGAACAGGAAAAAGAAAAAGAAAAAGAGCAAAGCAGAGUGCAGCAAUUUAAAAGAUCUAAUUGAGAGAAGUAUGCUUCCCAUGGAGUGCUCUUUCCUUCAUAAGAAACCUUACAAACUGAAUGAACUCAGCGUAAAGCAGAAAACUUUAAAAGAGCAAUAUCCCUCCACCUCAACUAUUAAUUUCUCAGGUCCUGAGAAAUUGCACACACAGACAUGCAGAGGAGAGGCUCCUGAAAAGGCUGAAGAUACAUUAUUAGAACACAGUAGCAAAAAGAGCAAUGAAAUAAGAUGCAAACCUCUUUGCCCCAUGACAAAAUUAACCAAACGUUGGAAGUAUAAAGAGAAAGAACAAUUGUGCAAUGACAUCAUCAAGAAUGUUUCCUAUUUGAAGACCCAAGGAAAUAAAUAUGAAUCUGUAGCAUUUCGGACAAAUCAGAGAUGUGAGACAUCAUGUCCUUCCUUUCCUGCAUUUGAAGCCACUGAAAUUACUGGUGCAGAUCAAGAAAUGCAGAUUGUGGAAGACCUGCAUGCAGCUCGUGUUGAUAAAAAGAUGGCUUUGUCUGUGGUUCAGACAUGUGGAGAGCUGACCAGCAUGGAGAUAGAUCUUCCAGAUGAUGAAUCAAAUAGGUUUUCUAGAAGUAUUGCUGGCUUGAAUACUUUGAUUGUAAUUGAUACUAAUAUAAUGAUCAGCCACCUGGACUUCAUCAAGUCUUUGAAGAAUAAUGAUAUCCCAGGUAUAGGUAACUUUGUGCUUAUCAUUCCCUGGGUGGUUUUGCAAGAACUGGACAACUUGAAGAGAGGAAAAAUAUUGGCAAAUGUUGGACAAAAAGCAAUUCCUGCAGUUCACUUCAUUUAUAUGUGUCUGAAAAUCCAAGAUCCAAAAUUGUGGGGACAAUCUAUGCAACUUGCAUCGCAGAAAACACUUGAUUUCACUAUUGAGAACAACGAUGAUCGUGUAUUACAGUGCUGCUUGCAAUAUAAAAACCUUUUUCCCCACACUGAAAUUAUACUGUUAACGAAUGAUAAAAAUUUGUGCAACAAAGCCUUGGUGAGUGAGAUAAAGGCAUGUAGUAAAAUUGAUUUCGCUGCUGCACUCCAGAAGUUGAUUCCAAAGACUGUUGUUACAAACCAAGGUGUUUACAGUGGCCAGUCACACCUGGAAAAAGAUACAAAAUCUUAUAAAGUUGGAGGCAGUUCUACAGAUCAUCUUUCAAUAAUUAUUCUUGACACAAUGAAGUGCUUGGGAGAAGUUUUGUCUUCUAUAUUGGAAACAGAACUGAAGAUUGCCUUUGGAGACCUGUGGACAGAGGUAGUGUAUCGUAAACCCCCAUGGACAUUAACCAAUGUGUUGGAGUGUUACAGAAAGCACUGGAUGGCUGUUUUUGGAAUGGUGAUACCAAGAAGAUUUUUAUCAACUAUUGAGUAUAUAUAUAAAUAUUUCUGUACAGCUGAAGCGAUUCAAGAGUCAACAAUAAAGGAAGUGCUCACGGAAUCUAAAAUGUUAUUGAAGACAUUCACCUCAAGGUCAAACUAUGAUGGUGCCCUUUCACAGGCCAUAACUCAGAUAGAUAAGCUGUUUGAGACUCUGAAUAAGAUAGGAGUUGGACAGAAUGCCUUUAAAUCUACUUCUGGAGAAAUUGCUUGUGAAAAAAUGGAAGAUGUGGCUUUGGUCCAAAAUACUCAGAUAGGAGAGACGUCAUUAUCACCCAAGCCUUUAAUUCAAGGAAACAAGCAUAUGGAAAUCUGGUCUGUCCUCCAAACAUUGUGGGACAAAAUGAAUGGAUUCAGUCUUGAUGUCUUCCAGAAGCUGGACCUCAGUACAGUAACAGAUAAUAUGACCUCAUUUAAAGAAGCAUUUAUGGAUCUGCAGAAAUUAAUGUCAGCAAUAAGUGAAACUCUUUCAAGAAUACAGAAAGUUAUAUUGCCAAAUAGUAGCUUUGAAGAUAUAUGGACCUUGUAUAGUUUCUUGACUAAUGCAGAGGUAAAUAAUAUUAAAUUUACUGCUGAAGAGCUUUAUGAAUGCAUCUCCCAAGAGGUAUACAGGGAUCGCUUAUCAAUUGGAUGUGGGCAACUGGCUCAACUGGAAUGUACAAUUAAACAACGAUAUGAAUCAGCUUGUUUGGAAAUCAAGAACAGAGGAUGGAUUUAGUUUUGUAUUCAGCUGAAGCAUUUAAAGCAACAGUGGCUUUCUUUUUAAUGGACACAACAAUCCUAUUGUCCAGCUCCAAAAGACCACAAUCUCACAGGAGCUUAGGCUUCUGUAACUAACCAGCAUUCUUGGGAGCUUUUGUCUAAAGACCAAAUAACACACUACAUCAGAUCAAUAGUUUGACCUUUACUAUUUUUGUGUAUGUAAAGAACAGCUGCCUUGUUGGAGGGCCGGUUAGGCUUGGGACCAUGGAGAUGGGAAAGUUUGAAAAAAAAAUCUCUCUGAAGCUGUUAUUUGUACCAAUCGCCACUUCCCUCCUAAUGUGUGUGGGAGUACAGCAGUCAUAUGUAGGAGAACAGUGGUUAAAUCCUCUGCCCACAGCCCUGAGCCCCCAUCUCCCAUGGCUUCCAUUAUACAAAGCUAAAAAGAAAAAAGUAAACAUACAAUGAUUUGAAAGUAACAUGAACUUUCCCAAAUGUGCAACAAUAGUUGCAUAGAGUUAGCUUUUUGAAGCAAUGGUAAUGGUUGUUAUGGUGCUCAUCAAUCAUAACUUCUCUUUUCCCAAAUCUCUCAUGUUGCUCAAGUAGGUCAAGUAACUUGCAUCUUGUAACUUGUUUUGCAUUUCCUCUUCGACACAAAUUAUAACCACGCUGGCAAAAUAUGCAACCCCCCUGUUAAUACACUUAAUGUUAAUUGGGUUUGGCAGGCUGUGCUCACAGACAAGGGUAUGAAGUCCCUGGCAGCCUAAGAAAAGACAGUACAGCUUUUUGUACAAAGGAAUUUCCUGUUCAUCUGACAAUGGAAGAUAAGCAGGAGUAAAAUGUGAACUGCCAGUGAAGAGAGAUUCUGCAAAGCAAAGGCUACUUUGGGGGAUCUAAUAUAUGAGUGGGUCAACAUAAGAAUGGAUCUUCAUAUCCCACUCAAAACAGAAUGAUUAGAAGUGUAUAAUGAAAUCUGUGUAAACAAUCAUAUACCUUUCCCUACCUCACUUUUUUCUUUGUUUUACUCUGCCCUAGCCUUGAGAUUAAGGUUCAUGCAACUUUUAAGUCCAUGCAUUGUAACUGUAUUUCAUGGGGAGGAGAAAAAGUGUGCUCAGAGGUAAGGCAAAACUGCUGCUACUAAUAUCUGAACCAGUGCACUUAGCAGCAGAGGAUUUAUAGCGCCAAACUGUUGUUUUAACCUUUUUAUGCCUGCUGGAAACUGAAAGAGUUUGAUGUAUUAAUUGAAAAUUAUAGUUAGAACAUGGAAUAAUUCUGUAAACUGAUCUUUACAAACCAUCAUAACAUCAUACAUUUGUACUGGUCCACGUUCCAUUUAAGCUAUGUAAUGAAUUCUUAGUGUACAUAGAAUUAUAUUGCACAUUUUUACCAGAAGAAAUGAGACAUUUGCAAUUUUACAAGCAUGUCUGUUUAAUUUACAUGAGCAGAGUUGUUGCCUUUUUAAAAGGCUACUCUUAAUAUUGCCUCUGAGGGUUAAGAAAAUGGAGAUAUUGUUCAAUUAAUUUAUGUGACUGUAAACAGUUUUUACAUCUUUUUAUGAUAUAAUUUAUCUUUUUUCUGUUUAUUGAUUAACAAUUUAUGGUGUUUUAUUGCUGCUACUUAUAAAGAAAGCUUUUUUUACAAUAUGGUUUCUUUACAGAAUUGGACGUUUCAAAUAAAGUUGAUUAUAGAAUUUGC